GUUCGGGGAGGAAGACAAAGAGGAUCCGAGUGGGAUCCCUUCCACUCGGUGUGACGCAGGUGGAAGAGACAAUCGCAGUUUCGAAGCAAUAUGGAUUAUAAAUCUGGCCUGAUUCCGGACGGAAAUGCUAUGGAGAACCUGGAGAAGCAGCUUAUCUGCCCCAUCUGCCUUGAGAUGUUUACCAAGCCUGUGGUCAUCCUGCCCUGCCAGCACAACCUCUGCCGGAAAUGUGCCAACGACAUCUUCCAGGCUGCCAAUCCCUACUGGACCAACCGCGGUGGCUCGGUGUCCAUGUCUGGAGGUCGUUUCCGCUGCCCCUCGUGCCGCCAUGAAGUGAUCAUGGACCGGCAUGGGGUGUACGGUCUGCAGAGGAACCUGCUGGUGGAGAACAUCAUCGACAUCUACAAGCAGGAAUGCUCCAGUCGGCCCCUGCAGAAAGGCAGCCACCCGAUGUGCAAGGAACAUGAAGACGAGAAAAUCAACAUCUACUGUCUCACGUGUGAGGUGCCUACUUGCUCCUUGUGCAAGGUGUUCGGGGCUCACCAGGCCUGUGAAGUUGCCCCCUUACAAAGCAUCUUCCAAGGACAGAAGACUGAACUGAGCAAUUGCAUCUCCAUGCUGGUGGCAGGGAACGACCGAGUUCAGACUAUCAUCUCGCAGCUGGAGGACUCCUGCCGAGUGACCAAGGAAAACAGCCACCAGGUGAAGGAGGAACUGAGCCACAAGUUUGACGCCCUCUACGCCAUCCUGGACGAGAAGAAGAGUGAGCUGCUGCAGCGGAUCACACAGGAGCAGGAGGAGAAGCUGGACUUCAUCGAGGCCCUGAUCCUCCAGUACCGAGAGCAGUUGGAAAAGUCGACCAAGCUUGUGGAAACCGCCAUCCAGUCCCUGGAUGAGCCCGGAGGGGCCACCUUCCUCUUGAGUGCCAAGCCGCUCAUCAAGAGCAUUGUAGAAGCUUCCAAGGGCUGCCAGUUGGGGAAGACAGAGCAAGGCUUUGAGAACAUGGACUACUUUACUCUGAAUUUAGAACACAUAGCAGAGGCCUUGAGGGCCAUCGACUUUGGGACAGAUGAGGAGGAGGAGUUUACUGAAGAGGAGGAGGAGGAGGAGGAUCAGGAAGAGGGCGUGUCCACAGAGGGACACCAAUGAAGAACUGGAUGAGUGAGACGCCCUCUGGAUGCAGAGAUGGGGGAGGGGCGGGGCAGGCCCAUCUCCGGAGGGGUUAGGGCUCCUUGGGGGCACCAUAGGGAAGUGUGUCUUCUCUCUGCUCAGAGAGCAGGGACUAGCAUAGAAGCCCCACCACUGUGUCCAGCAGCUGCUGAAACACGAUUGGAAAUGUAUCCAAAAAUGUCCCAGGACACUUUUUUACGUUGGUGCAAAAUGAAAUAUUUUGUAUGUUUUUAAAAUGUGAUUUUUGUAUAUACUUGUAUAUGUAUGCCAAUUUGGUGCUUUUUGUACAAGAACUUUUGUAUGAUCAUGCCUGGUCAUUGUGUGACCGGCGAUUGUCACAAAGGGGGAAGGAAGCCAAGUUCAUUGAGCUGCCCACUUCCUUUCCUUGGUGGGAGGGUUGGGUCUCACUCAAAGGCCUAGAAAGGGGCAAUGUACUGUACUUCAGCACCCAUCCCCAAACACGGGGAGAGGACUGAAUUUGUGUUAUAUGUUGUUUUAAUAAAUGCACAAGGGGCUGGGUAUUGGGGGUGCAUGCCCUUUGAUCCCAGCACUCUGGAGGCAGAGGCAGUUGGAUCUCUAUGAGUUCGAGGCUAGCCUGGUCUACAUGGAGAGUUCCAGACCAGCCAGGGCUACAUAGAGAGACUCUCUGUCUCAAAAAUAAAAAAAUGAAAAAGAAUAAAAAAUAAA